GCGGUCCUCCACCGGUGGGUGCGCAUUCCAUGUCGGGAGGGGUGGGUGGGGGUUCACCAAACACGUACACACCGAUGGAGGGUCGGACCUCACCGUCUGUUGCACACUCCCCACCGACCACCAAUCACAUUCGCCCACAAAACUUGUACUCUUCAGACCCCGGUGUCAACCGUGGUGCCGCUUCUAUGCUUGGCCCGCAUGCCAACGUCUACAACUCUGAUGUCCCCAUGCCCAACCAUUCUCGUGAUUCGAGUGUAGAGGAGCCCGUCAUCGAUGGGGCGUUUGGUGGCGCUUUCACCGAACCUGCGAUGGAUAUCGCUGGGACACAAAGUGGAAGACCUGCGAGUGUCGAGGUCGCAGACGACGAAGGCGGUGCGCACUGCUGCGAUGCAACUCCGCCAGCGGGAAGUGGAAAAAGGGCCGUCAGGGAGGAGGGGGGGAGUCGCGGGGGACAGAGCAAGGCGAAGGCGAAAGAGCGGAUGUCGGAGUGGACAGACAAGGAGAGCAUGGCGCUUGUGAGGCUGCUCUUCGAAGAGGACUGCGCACAACAAAGCAGGCGAGGGAGGCAGAAGAUCAGGAGUAGACGGGAGAAGUACGACAGGAUAAUAGGGAAAAUGGUUGAGCAAGGCUUUCCAAAAUGUGACAUGGAGGACUGCGAGGCAAAGUACUACGCCCUCCUUGACAAAGCAAAAAAAAUCCGGGAUUACAACGGCGAAUCAGGGAAGCCGAGCUAUUGGGACAUGUCGCGUUCGGAGAAAAAGGAGAAUGGCCUUCCGUUGACAUACGAAAAACACAUGUUUGACGCUCUGCAAUGGAAGCUUGGGAAGGCGGACGGUUCGUGCGAGGACUUGAUGCAAAGUGUUAAUCUGCAGAGAGGGCAGACGAGCACGAUCACAGAUGAUGAAGACACUGGCGGCACUAGUGAGAAUGAAGGGGGUCGACGAAAAGCGGAUACUGACAGCGCUGAGGGUUACAAGUCCCGACGGACCGCGGGUGUGAGCGGCCACAAACGGCGUUCCGCGGCAGAGAGUUCGAGUGACGCUUCAAGGGGAGGUUCGUUCGCAGACAUUGCACAUGCUCUUGUCGACGCGAACGACCGUCAGGCGGAGAGGAUCGCGGGGAGUUUUGCACAGGCCAUGGACGGAAUGAACAAGACCAUGGCCGAGGGUAACCAAACACUGCGGCUUAUCGAGCAAGCGCAUGAGCUGGCCUGUAAGCGCGGGGUGCUGUUCACUCGCGUAUCGGCUAUGGUGGAGGAGCUCCAGCGUGUGCAGGGUGAGAUGGAGAAGGCGAACAUGAGAGAGGGGCUUCCCAUGUCGAGAGCCGAAGCUGCGGAGCGACAAGUUGCUUCUCUGAGGGAGGAAGUGGCCCGCCUGCAACACCAAUUGUCACUUUACGAAGGGGGCUCCGACCAUACCCCUUUAAAGCCCGAUAGUUUUAUCACAACUUUGCAGAACCCUGACCGCAUGCGAGGUGGAACCGUCGCCAGUGGGACAGUGUCGAGUGGGUCACAUGCGACGUGACUCUAGUGUGCGCACACCUCCGCAUCGGCGGGUGCCCGCCGAGGCGAGAUCACCUUCAUCG